ACAGCAAACGUACAACAAUUAUUAACAUUUUCUGGGGGUCCUCAUGAGGCUGGGGAGUCAGUCAGUGGUGGAGAGGAGCUCCGGGAGCAGGCUCAACUUUCCCCGGGACACACCGGCACUUUCCCCGGCGUCAUGACUCUAUACCACGGCCGCCUGCCGCCCCCGGCUCUGAGCCUCUCCGGUCCACCGCCGCUCAUCUACCUGUACGGAGGGGACAGCCGAGGGGUCGUGCCCACCGGGUUGAGCUUCGUGCCGGCCCGCCAGGAGCCUCCGCAGAAGCCGCCUUACAGCUACAUCGCGCUCAUCGCCAUGGCCAUCAAGAGCGCGCCGGAGCAGCGCGCGACGCUCAGCGGCAUCUACCAGUUCAUCAUGGACCGGUUCCCGUUCUAUCACGACAACAAGCAGGGCUGGCAGAACUCCAUCCGCCACAACCUGUCCCUGAAUGACUGCUUCAUCAAGGUGGCCAGAGAGAAGGGGCGGCCCGGCAAAGGAAGCUACUGGACCCUGGACACCAAGUGCCUGGACAUGUUCGAGAACGGCAACUACCGUCGGAGGAAGAGGAAGGCGAAGAGCCAGCAGGAGGCUCUGGAGUCCAAAGCCGGAGGACACAAGCGCACGAAGGGCCCGGGACACUCCAGGGAUCUUCCAUCCUCCUUGAGACAUCAGACCGGCUCGGGUAUGGAGGCGCACGCGGACACAAAACCGGUUAUUGUCGAGUUUAACCACGCGGAACAGACGCCAAAUCCUCCAGGACCCAAAGUGUCCCACACUCAAGACACCAUCGCGUCCACCGGGAGGAGGUGGCUUGAAUCCCCCCAGGCCGAGACGUGUCCCGUUACGAGACACGCUCCGCUCUGGAUGGACGCCGCCGCGCGCGUCCCGAGCGCGUCCCUCCGCCGGGAGCCAGAGGAGAGGCGGUCCGCGUUCAAGGACAAAGGUCCGCUCUGCGCCGUCAGCUUCAGUUGCGCGGCGGGGAAUACGAACUUGGCUGCGCUCGCGCCGGACAGGAUGAAGGUGCACGCGGCGAGCAGGGACAAAUCGAAAGGUUUCAGCAUCGAAAGCAUCUUGUCGAGGAGCGAGGGCCAAAUGCGCAGCAGCAUCCUCGGGUUGUCCGCGGAGACAUGCGCAGAGCGCAGUCCGUACGCGGCCCUCGGCGCUCGGCCGCACCAGCUGUACCACAUGGGGUUCCCCAUGUGCUCUUACCUGUCCCUCACAUGCCCCGACAAAGUGCUGCACUUUAAAUGAGUACAGCUCAGACUUGCAUGUGCGUGUACUCAAAAUACAUAAAUAAAGUGUAUAGACUGUAAUUAUAGCUUUGCAUGAUGAGACAGCAGGACGCUUGAUGCAGUUUUACGCAUGCGUAAUUUCCAGUUGAUAUUGUUUGUGGAUAAUACUCAGAAACGGUUGCUCUCCAAAGUGUAUGUCUCAAUGCGUAAAGUGGACGAUGUGGAUAUUCAGGGAAAGCAAACACAGUGUUUCUCUCUUUAUUCAUGAUGGGGGAAACCUCUGGACAUCCAUUAUGAGAAUAGCAUUUAGUGCUCAAUAAUGUAUAACAAAUGAUGCUCCAUGCACAUUCCACUCUGUGUCCAGGACAGUUUUUGCUAAGAAUUGAUUUAAAACCGUGAGUCCAAAAAGAUAAAUUAUGUUGGACGAUAUAUUUGGAUGCAAUGUCACUUUUUAUGAUUAAAGUUUUUUUUAAUAUCCUCUAUCUUCUUUUUUCCAUUGAAAAAAACGUCUGUUGGUUCAUUUGAUAAUGCACAGUGCACAUUAAUACAGACAUUUCUGUUAUUAGCCAAGAGGCUAUUUUUCCUUAUAGUCCCGAGAGGCAGACAUCACAAAACAAACCUAAAAACAGAAAUAACAUUACAUUUUUUAUAGUUGUAUGUCUGUUAUUUUUAUAUGGAACUUGGUGUCUGAAAUAAAGAAUACAUUAAAAAAAUUAAAAAACA